AACCCCACACCACUCACAGUUAGUUAUAAAUCCACACACCAGGAGCUACAAAUCUUCCACUCCAUCUCUUCAUCCUUUGCUUAUUCAUAUUCUUUUCCCACCGUUAUUGUUUUCGUCCCUCGCUCAUAACAUUCGACCAUGUCGCAGUUGAACGGAGCCUACUACGGCCCCGCUAUUCCGCCGCAGAAGUCCUACAACCGCCCAGGGCGCGGCGGCGGGCUUGGCUGCUGCUGCGGCUGCCUCUUCAGCUGCAUCUUCAGCCUCAUCUUCAAGGUGAUUUUCACGCUGAUCAUCAUCGUGGCCAUCGCCGUGUUCAUCUUCUGGCUCAUAGUCCGUCCCAACAUGGUGAAAUUCCACGUCACUGACGCCACCCUCACGGAGUUCAACUACUCCAACAACACCCUCCACUACGAUCUUGCCCUGAACAUCACAGUGCGCAACCCUAACAAGAGGCUGGGUAUCUACUACGACUUCAUCGAGGCGCGUGCAUUGUUCCACGACGCCAGGUUCAACUCCCAGUACCCCAAUCCCUUCUACCAGGGGCACAAGACCACGAACGUGCUGAACCCCGUCUUCAAGGGGAACCAAGUGAUGGCUUUGGACGCUGACCAGAGCGCCGAAUUGAGCAAGGAGAACUCCACCGGGUUGUAUGAGAUCGAUGUGAAGAUGUACCUGAGGGUGAGGUUCAAGUUGGGCGCUUUCAAGACCAAGACACUCAAGCCCAAAGUUAGCUGCGACUUGCGCGUGCCUUUCAAGGGAACCGCCACCGCCUUUCAAACCACCAAGUGCGACUGGGAUCGCUGAUCGAUUCGGGUUCUUACACCCACCCGACCCGACCCGACCUGUUUUUACGUCAUUUGUGGCUUUUUCAUAUAUUUUUUAUUUGUUAGUUUUGGACACAGUCGUACCUCUUGUACUUGAGUUCAGAGAUACUAUUAUUAUUAUACUGCAUGUAUACUUCAUUGUAUGUAUCUGUAUCCUCUACCUCCGUUCGGCCGAGGGGAUUUUUGGUUUAUUCUUUAUUCACACUUAUGUUAUAUGUUAAUAAAUAAAUUUCUAUUUUCUGUCGCU